GAAUGAGAAGAUCAGCAGGGUUCAGCUGGUUGGUUCUGCCAGUACUGGCAUUGGCAAUCCACGUCAAGAUGUCCCAGGCUGUCGACGCCUGUCUACCGAACGGCAUGAGUUCUGCGUGCACUUGCAAUGCUGCUAUCACUGUCGUCGACUGCUCGUCCAAAGGGCUUUUAGCCAUGCCAGCAGUCACAUCCAUACCGGUUGGCACAACAGACUUUUAUCUCGGUGGCAACGCAAUCACCACCCUCGAUGCAGGCGCCUUUUCGGGGCUGACGGCGCUACGUUAUUUAGUCCUCAGCAACAACAAAAUCACGACCAUAAGCGCAAGUGCGUUCACCGGGCUGACGAUGCUGACUUACCUGGAACUCGCUCGCAACGAGCUCACAAGCAUUGAUGCAAGUACAUUCUCUGGGCUGACUCGUAUGACUGACCUCGCCUUGCACAACAAUCGGAUUACCAACCUUGCUGUUAAUACCUUCGUAGGGAUGUCGCAGCUGACCUCACUGACUUUACAAUUCAACCGCAUCACGAGUAUUUCUGCCAAUACGUUCAAUGGGCUUGUCGCACUAAGCUACCUAUUUUUGAGCGACAACCAGAUCACCAGCAUCGCCGCGGGUGCCUUUACAGGAGAUACGUCGCUGCAACAACUAGCACUGCACAACAACCAACUCACCAGUAUCCCCGCAAGUCAAUUCUCAGGGCUCAUUCAGCUGCAAUAUCUAACUUUGAGUAACAGUUCCUUCACAACGUUGCCGCCUGGCCUGUUCCAAGGAUUACCGAACGGCUUAUUCUUGGGAUAUAAAGCAACAAAUCCGUUCUACACGCUAGUGCUGAGCCCCAACAACUUUACCUUUGAUGGAAACGCUGUCGCUCCGCCCAGCACAUACGGCAGUGCUUCCAACCCAAACAAGUGCGAUACAGCCUGUGCCACCUGCUACGCUGGAGGGCCUGGUGCAUGUUGCGGGACCAACUGCUUGAUCUGCGAUUCCACUGGUUCAUGCACCCGAUGCUAUGAUGGUUAUGGCAUGUUGGGUGGCUCGUGUCUCCCGCUUGCUUCUGUCGCUUCUGCCUCAGUCACGUCUGUUGCAUCGGCUGCGUCCAUCGCUUCAGCAGCCACUUCUGCUUCUGCGUCCUUCGCUUCAGCAGCCACGUCUGCUUCCGCAUCGUUCGCUUCGCUUGCCUCGGUCGCCUCUUCUGCUUCUGCAUCGUUUGCUUCGCUUGCUUCGGACGCCUCGUUUGCUUCUGCUGCGUCCGCGUCCUCUGCUGCCGCAUCCGCUUCCUCCGCUGCCGCGUCCGCUGCUUCUACCGCGUCUGCAUCUCUGGCCUCGGCUGCGUCAGCGUCGUCGGCAUGGCAGACGUCUGCUGCUUCUGUCGCCUCUCGCGCUCCGAAGGGUGAUUCCGGGGGCUCGUCUUCCGUGGCGGCAAUCGCUGCUGCAGUCGGUUCGGUUGUGGGCGUCGGUUUGAUUGCUCUCGCCAUCUUUCUGGUCCGACGUCGUCGAUUGCAACGACGUGCGAAGGAAUCCGCCGGUCCCAUCUAUCAGGAGGCUAUCGAAAUGGCAAUCUCUCCUCUGAAUCAUGCGACCCGACCUCAGAGAGAGGAGGAUGUUUCAGCCUACGCCGUCGUCGGUCAAAAACAGCCAGAACCGUUGUAUCAGGCUGUCUCAAAAAGUGCUCCAGAGGUGGUCUACAAUUAUGCAAGCGCGUACGUUGCUGGCAGCCAUUCUCGUCGCGUUCGUGAGGGCUUGACCAUUGUGAAGCACCUUGCCAGCGGGAACUUUGGCGACGUUGCACUGGGUCAACUGCCGUUCAGCGUGUUGCCCCCACGAGCUCAAAACUUGCUUGGGCCUGCAGCGUCCGAAAAUGUCCAAGUUGCAGUCAAAUCUCUGAAGUCGAACGCGGAUGACAAAUCCCGCAAGGACUUUGAAAGCGAGGCCAAGUUGAUGGCGCCGUUUGUGCAUCCGAAUGUCGUGCGUCUGCUCGCAGCUCUUGUCGAGUCAGAGCCCCAUCUCGUUCUGCUUGAGUUUGUGCAGUAUGGAGACUUGCGCACCCUGCUGCAAAAAUCCAAGCUCCACUCGCUUUGGUGGACGCAGAACGAGCAGGUGCACGCCAUUCGCCAGAUUGCUCUUGGCAUGGAGUAUCUGGGCACGCUCCACUUUGUGCACCGUGACCUCGCCGCUCGCAAUUGUCUCGUGGGGCAAGGGAUGAUUGUGAAGAUUGCCGACUUUGGACUUUCUCGCGAAAUGGCCUCUGAGAAUGAUUAUUACCGCAUGCAAACGCGUGGCAAGCUUCCUGUGAAGUGGAUGGCUCCCGAGACCAUGACUUUCCGAAAGUUCUCUUCAAUGUCGGACGUGUGGGCUUUCGGCGUUACGGCUUGGGAAUGUUGCAGUUACGGCGCAAAGCCGUACGGCGAGAUGGAUGGGCGUGAGACUCUGGCUCAUGUUGAGGCUGGUGGUCGACUGCCCAUGCCAGAAACCUGCAUGCUCGAGCUCUACAACAUCAUGAUGAGUUGCUGGAACCUGUCUCCCGAGCAACGCCCGAGCUUUUCUCAGCUCGUACAAUCGCUGACGGCGCUUCAGGAUGGAUCGACCGUUCGCGAAAUCGGCGCCAUGGUGUGAACUCAACCCGCCCCUCUGUUCUCUCCAAGCCCCAGUAUGAGCAUUUUGCAAGAUGAUGGUAUUGAUUGCCGAGUGCUUGUUUGAGUUUGUUUUGUCGUGGGUUGCGUGUGAGCUUGUGUUUGUGUAGAGAGGCCUCCCGAAAAAGACUCAGUCCACAAACCA